CGGUGUGUUGAAGGAACUUAAUAUGGCGGACGAAGCCAGGUAACACAUGUGAUUAGCUUCCAAAUCUGAUUUCUCAAUAAAAACCCAGUUGAUUUGAAGGAAUCUUUUUAAAUGGAGGCAGUAAGCAAGAAAAAGGGUAAGGAUGAAUAUCCAGUGGACGAAAAGAAACUACAGAAAUACCACCGAGGAAAGCAAAAUCGUUUCAAGCAUGUAAAAGACAAGAAGCUGCGUGGGAAACUUAAGUCAUAUGAAUCACAGCAUCAACAAGCAGCGAUACAGGCGGCUAGAUCAGAAAUUCUUCUAACAGAGCAACCUGGGUUUUUGGAGGCAGAGGGUUUGGAGAAAACAUUUAAAUUCAAACAAAGGGAUAUUGUAAAUGCUGUUGAUGUUGCAAGUGCCCAGAAGUCUUUUGAGCUUAAGCUGGAUACAUUUGGACCUUACAGAAUAAAUUACACUCGUAAUGGAAGAUUUCUUCUUAUUGGUGGGAAGAAAGGUCAUCUGGCCACAAUGGACUGGGAGAACAAGAGACUUGGUUGUGAAUUUCAUGUACAAGAGACUGUGCGAGAUGUCAGAUGGUUGCAUAUUGAAACUAUGUUUGCAGUUGCCCAAAAGAAAAAUGUCUUUAUUUAUGACAAUAAUGGAAUUGAACUUCAUUGCCUUAAGAAUCACAACCAAGUCAAUAGAUUAGAAUUUUUACCAUAUCACUUUCUUCUGGCUUCAGUGGGUGACCAUGGAAUUCUCAAAUAUCAAGAUGUAUCAACAGGCAAACCAGUUGUUCAAUUGUUUUCUAAACUAGGGAAGUGUGAUUGUAUGACACAAAAUCCUUGCAAUGCAGUCAUUCAUUUGGGACACUUCAAUGGCACAGUAACAAUGUGGGCCCCAAACACAAAAGAUCCUCUUGUUAAGAUGUUAUGCCACAGAGGACCUGUACAGUCAAUUGCCAUUGAUACUAAAGGAAAUUACAUGGCAACAUCUGGUCUAGAUGGAAAAAUGAGGAUCUGGGAUGUAAGAACAUAUAAGGAACUUCACACAUAUUAUACUCCUACCCCAGCAAGUUGUCUUGCUAUCAGUCAACGAGGAUUGCUUGCUGUGGGUCAUGGACCACAUAUUCAGAUAUGGCGGGAUGCUUUCACUCAAAAACAGAAGUCUCCCUACAUGUCUCAUAUGUUUCCCUCUUGUACUGUUCAUGGCAUGCAGUUCUGUCCAUUUGAAGAUGUUUUAGGUGUUGGACACUCAAAAGGAUUUGGCAGCUUACUUAUACCAGGUGCUGGUGAACCUAACUUUGAUGCAUUGGAGGCCAAUCCUUACCAAACCAAAAAGCAAAGACAGGAGUUUGAAGUCAAGGCUUUGUUAGAAAAGAUUCAGCCAGAAUUAAUAACGUUAAACCCAAUGGAUAUCUUGCGUGUUAGUUACCCGAAAAAAGGUUCAAAUACAAAUGACCAUGAUAAUGAUGAUGAGGAGCAUUCAGAUGAGAAAUUUGAACCAAGGCAUAAAAUGAAAGGUCGUAGCUCUUCAAGAAAGCAUCAUCUAAGGAAGAAGGGUCAUGAAGAACAAGAGAAGAAGGAAAAAGUCAGACAAGCAAUGCAGAAGAAAAGAAAAGAAAGAAGAACAGAGAAAAUUAGUGAAGAAAGAUCUGUACAGUCAUUUUCUGCAUUAGAUAGAUUUCUGCACUCUAAAGCAAAGUAGUGUCAAUCAGCAGAAAUGACUUAAUUAAUAGAGCAGUUUGUUUUUGUAAAAUAAAUGGUUGAAUCUUUGUCAAUUUUAAGCCUAAUAAAAGAAAUCACCUGA